AUGCCUGAUAUUGAAGGUUUGGAGAAACAUUAUGAUGUUAUUGUUCUCGGAACAGGAUAUACAGGAUCGGUGCUUGCAGCAGCAUUUGCUCAAGCUGGAAAGAGUGUAUUACAUAUGGAUGAGAACAAGUGUUAUGGCAAUCUAGAGACUGCAUUUCAAUUUGAAGAAUUGCUUAGAUGGUGUAAAAAAAUACAAGACCCAGUUACAACUACCGGAAGUUUAACGACAAAUGGUGGGUUCGAGUCUCCUUUGACAACAUUACCGUGUGAAUUUACGAAAUCGCGAAAUGCCAUAUAUUCAGCGGUGGAAUAUAAGAUAUAUCCUCGUUCAUCCACAGAGGAUCCGGCUAUGUCUGCUUCAUCGUCUACAUCAGAGCAAGAUUAUGAAUUUCUAGCAAGAAGGUUGCUCAAAUCAACAUCAGCAACCGAAGUUGAACUUGUAAACACGUUCAAACAUGAUCUUUCCGCAGCAGAAUCCGAGGAGGACGCAGUUCAAGCGGUGCUUGUUCGUCUUCAUAACAUUGUCGAUCCAUACAUGUAUGCACCACCAGCACCUGAAGAGGAAGUGGCAUCAGUCACAGAGAAUUUAGCAAAGUCUAAAACACUUGAAACAUUUGCUGAAUUGAUCAAAGAUUCACGCAAAUAUUCUCUCGAGCUGCUACCGAAACUAUAUUAUUUUAAAAGUGAUACAAUUGAUUUGAUUUCGCAAUGCAAGUUGGAUGCACUGACAAAUAUAAGAGACGGCGUUGAGUUUUAUCCUGUCAAAGGAAUUUAUAUGUUUAGCAACAAUAAAGACUUUGUAAAGGUCCCUGUAGGAAGACAAGAAAUUUUUAAAGAGACGCAACAAAAUCUUUCAAUGAUAAGCAAAAGAAGGCUCAGUAAAUUGGCUGAAUUUGCUCAAACUUACACAGAGUCAUCGGAC